AAGAAAGUCGACACGAUCCAACAUCUCCGCGACGAAACGAUUUCGGUUCGGAAAAGCGAGUUCCAGAGGGUGGAACGGAAGCGGGACAGGGUGGCAUAAAUAUUCCGAGGUUGCGCAUCGUGUUCGAGGAUGGAAAGCGGAGGGAAGCGGUGGAGAGUAAGUGGCGGAGAAGGAACACGAGGUGCCCGGAUUCGUUUCGCGUGGCAGCCUUCUCUCAGUGCGAGCCGUGCUCUGCACGAGUCUUCGUCCGACUACCUUUAGGCUACUGCUAUUUCCGCCUCACGACACUGGCGAUAAUUGGAAGAAAAGAAAAAUGACCGAGGGACAACCAUCUUACAAACUGAUCUACUUUAACGCCCGCGGUCGUGCCGAGCAUAUUCGCUACAUAUUUGCAUACGCAGGAAUCGAUUAUGUCGACGAGAGAAUUUCCAAGGAACGUUGGCCGGAAUUGAAGAAAUAUAUUUCGGCGCGGCCGCAAUUUUCCAUCGAUCGAGUCUGUUCGAAGCUAACAGCAUUUGUUCUUAGCGAUGCCUUAUGGAAUGCUGCCUGUGCUGGAGAUAGACGGGAAACCGAUAUCGCAGAGCAACGCCGUGGCAAGAUAUUUGGCGAGGAAACACAAUCUAACAGGAAGGGACGAAUGGGAAGCGAUGCAGUGCGACGUUCUCGUCGAUACUCUUGGGGACCUCAAGCAAUUUAUAUCCCAAUAUCGUACGGAAGAGGAUCUCUUCAAGAAGGAAGAGAAGAAGGCGAAACUUUUAAAAGAAACGAUACCGUUUUACUUGAACAAGUUCGAGAAAACUGUCGGCGAGAACGGAGGCUACGCCGUUGGCUCCACUAUUUUGUGUUCGCAGUGGCACUGGAGAAUUUUGAAAAUAUUUUCGGCACGACGGCGUUAGAAAAUUAUCCCGGUCUUCGAGCUUUGAAGAAAAGGGUUCACGAGAUACCUGCGAUCGUUGAUUGGCUGGCUAAGCGACCUAACACAGAAUUUUAAAGCGAAAACGCGGGAAAAAUGAGAACAUAUCUUAAUUCUACGUGUGCGCUUGGAAUAAUAUAAUUCAAUGUGUUCGUUAAUGUUGCGAGUUGUCAAUGUUGUAAUUUUAUCAAUAAAUGAUACGAAUGUUUGUCUAUAAAUACGCCGCGAUAUUUGGCGGAAAAUUCAAAUGUUAAAACUGUGUUAGAUCGAACUGUACAUUUCAGAUACAACCUGAACACUUGAGCUUAAAAGACAGUCAAUAUUUCUGGAAUAUAUGUACGUUUAUAUGUAAGAUGUCUUCAGACAAAAAUAUAAGGUACAUAGUUUUUUCUAUAUUUUUAGUUAAAACUUGAUAUUAACAAAAAUUUAUUUUUGUUGCGUUGUAUUGUUCUAUGACAAGAAUAUAUAUUUACGAGCUUUAUAUUUUAUAAUUUGUAUUUGUUUCGUGUUUAUUGUUCUUGUAUUUUUGUGACACAGUGAUAUACUUUUGAAGAAAGUAUUAAUAUUUGCUAAUAUCAAAUGUCAAAAAAAGUGUGACGUCAUAGAAAUCUAAUUG